CACAGCACCACUUCUGUGCUUCCCCACAAGACAAAUACUGACCCUGCCAGCAGCUCAAACAUGUGCUGGAGCACUGGAGGAGGAGCAGGGAGCCAUGACAAGAUUUAUCCAAAGACAGAGAUCUCUGCUUUGGAUAAAAGGCAGAGCAAGAGGGAAUCUGCUCUCCUGAGGAACCAGCCUUUAACUCUCAUCAAAGUUCCAGAAACCUCAACUCAUGAGACCCACGAUGCUAUAGUGGCCCAAAAUGCAGCUGCCAUUAUAUCCAACAUAAAGCUGCAGAGUGAGCAGAAGAAGAGAACCCAGACCAAGGACAACACCAACAGAGAAAGAGACUCAACAUCCCUGAGCAGAACUGCAGGGGCCAAAGCUGAUAAAGCAAACAUUGCUGAACAGAGUGUAACAGCUUCCUGUUGUGUGGAGGGUGAGACUGUAGCACAUAUGAAGCCACGGCAUGCACCGUUUGCUCCCCUUGAGACCACUGAUGACUUCCUAUCGCAACCUCACACACUCAGUGGUCAGCUGUGUGUGUCAUUACAAGAAAGCUCUGGUGCACCGGAGGUCAGAUUUCAUCAGGCAAUCUCAGGCACAAGAGAGACAACACCUGCUCAACACACACACCGGCUCUAUCAUCAAUUGUCCACUCAGGGACAGAGAGAAAGUUUUGGAUCCAGUUCUGAAUAGCGGGAAAGACUGUAACAGUGGGAGAAAGGUUAAUGAUCUCAUUUUGUUGCUGCGUGUUCAGUCUGUGCCAGUGCAGCGAAGAUCCCUGAAGACUCCUUCACCCUUACACUGCAAGCACAAUGACUCCAGUAACACAAUGCAUUUCACUAAUGAAAGCACUCUGUAUUUAUCAAAUUAUUUCUUUAUUAGUGAUUACCGAUUACUGAGAUUAACCUUGCUGAAUGUAGGAGCAGGAAAUUAACUAAAGUGUGCUGCACUGAGGACAUUUCACACA